AUGCACUUCUCUCCCCUCCUCUUCAGCCUCAGUGCUCUGGUAGCAACAUCCAUGGCCAACCCAGCACCCGCACUACUGUCAGAAGCACUGCCAGUACUAGACGCAGUGGCAGGCGAGCUAGGCCGCGACGCACUAUCCGGCAACCUGCCCAAGAAUCUUGCCAAAAUUUGGAUCUUCAGCAACCGCGAGUGCGAUCAAAACGACGGUCCUGCUUGGAACAUCUACGUACUUCCCGGCGAGGACAGAUGCAUUCCGUAUCAGAAUGUUGGAUCAAUCUUCGCAUGGUACGAGUCUGAUAUCGGGGUCUAA